AUGUGGCCAAGAUCUCAAUUCCAGAAGGUCGAUGUACUCCACCAUUGUCUCCAUCGCCCUCAUAAUGUAAUGCAGGUGGAUCUUGAAAUGUCUCUGUCGCCACUCAUGAACAUGCCCAUCGAGAUUAUCGAGCGUAUACUUGAAAUCUUGAACGCUUGGGGCAAGUUGAAAGCUCGACAUUUGCGUGUUUGCAAGUUGUUCUAUCAACUAGUGCUACCCAUGAUAUAUCGGAGCCCAUAUCUAAGAGCCACCAAUUUCUUUGCAUUUGUCGAAACCAUAUCUUCUAAGAAGCGUCUAGGAAGCUACAUUAAGGAGCUUGAUCUUUCUUACAUCAUACAAACAGGAAAAAAUGCCUUUGUUGCCAAGCUCCUCAAGCAUUCAAGAGGAAGUCUAGAGCUAUUUGUUGCACCUCAAACCAGCUUUGGCUUCGGUCCUUUAUUGGCACUCAAGCACUGUCACAGGCUACGUGUGCUAGACUUAAGACUUGUUUCCGAAACGCUCAAUCUCGAGGAACUUUUCGACUCCAUACGACAUCUCGAUGAACUUGUACAUCUCUCAUUUCCGCGGUCAUCUGUGGAAAUAACCAACUUUGAGAACAUCGUUUGGCCUCCUCGGUUGAGCUUUCUUCGCAUAUCAGGUGGCAUAAGCGAUGAAUUUUUCCACCGUGCUCGCAUCCCGCUGACUAUCACUCAACUUGAGUUUUCGCAUUGUCCUUCCAUCACGGAAGCAGGCUUCCAAUUCAUACUUUCACAGGUGGGCGAGAACCUACGGCUGCUCAAAGUUCAGUAUCCUAUGCCCAAAUUCAACGAGGGUACGUUAGAUCGUGUCUUCAUUUUUUGCCCAAAUCUCUUGGUCCUCGAAAUUUCUGUGGAUUAUGUAUCCAGCACAUUUUUCGACGACGAUACGCUAGUGCAUGUGCCCUACAAGCGCCCUCUUCGUACCCUCUACAUUGAUUGCAGUGGAAUGUUGGGCACCUCUACGAGACUCGAGCCGAUCGAUUUGGCGAUCGCAUUGAACGAAGAUCGAUUGCCUAUGUUGAAAAAUAUUCGUUGUACUGCCAAGCUAGGAUGGGACCCACAGUCUGAAUACGUCUCCUACAUUGUGGAUGAGCUAGACGACCGGGGAGGUGGGUUGUAUAUUGGAUACUAA